GUAACGUCAUGUGAGGCCUAUAUAAUCAGUGUCUACAUAUCUCGGGAAGAUAGGGAAGAUAGACGGACAGCACGACAGACCUGAAAUAGAAUCAUGAUGUUCCUUCUCGCGGUUCUGCUUCUCAUCUCAUCUGUCGUUGCCAUGGAUAUUCCCAUCACCGAUCACUGGGAUGGUGGUUUCAAGUCUGAGUUCUGCGAGCCUAUCACUAAAAACCUGCAACACUGGACAGCUCACGCCAUCUUUGACCAUCACAUCAAUCACUUGGACGUGUGGGUUGCUGAAGUUCAGAAAACUCUGAAUGGCGGUAAAGAGUUUGUCCUUGUCAACAAGCAAUCCUAUGGUGAUCAGAAGGUUGGCGACAAACUGUGCGUGAAGCUAGUUGGCCGUACGGACGGUGACAUUGUACCCAAAGGCCGGUUCUACAUUGAAGGCAUGGAUGGGCCAGUGUCGGCCCACACACCCAAUAUACAGACACCCAAGCCAGGGACACCUCACACCUCUAGCCACGUCACAGGCAAGGUUCUGUAUGCACGAAAUGGGUUCGACCCGAAUGACUACAAGCAUGGAAUAACAGUGUUACAACACGGGAGCUUUGACGAGAACUCGGGCUCCGUUGUCCUUGACCCUACCGGUACCGGGGAACACGUCCUGAAAGUAUUCUACGAGAAGGGACACUACGUCCACGUUCGGGGGCAUCGAGGAAUUCAAUUCUACUGGACACCCAUCACACCACACACGAGGCUGACGUUGAGCUACGACAUCUACUUUGACCCACAUUUUGACUGGGUUAAAGGCGGCAAGCUCCCGGGUCUCUGGGGAGGCUCCCAAACCUGUUCUGGAGGACGUCACUAUGAAGAUUGUUUUUCGACCCGUUUCAUGUGGAGGACUGGAGGAGGUGGAGAACUCUACGCCUACAUCCCUACUGGACAACGUUCUGACUUUUGCACCAAGAACAUUUGCAACUUUGACUUCGGUAACUCCUUAGGUAGAGAUUCGUGGCAUUUCCAAAAGGGUGUUUGGCAGAAUAUUGCUCAAGAGGUGCAGCUAAAUACACCAGGAAAGCUGGACGGAUGGGCCAAAGUCUGGUACAACGGUAAACAAGUAUAUCAAAUCAACAACGUCAAAUUCCGCACCAAGACCAGCGUCACCAUCGACGGUAUUUUCUUCUCAACGUUCUUUGGUGGUGGAUCGGCUGACUGGGCGCCAACAAGAGAUUCGUACGCCUAUUUCAAGAAUUUUGUUCUGUCAAGUGACGAGUCUCCGGGUCAAAUCAUUGGCUGAUGGGUAUGUCAACUAUACCUGUUCGUAUUCCACCUAAAUAAAUUAAUGAAACCGC